CUUCCUCUCCCUCUCCCUCUCCCUCUCCCUCGGUCCCUCCCUCCUUUUCGUGCAACUUCAGCUUUCUUUCUGGGCCCAAACCACGAAUUCGAAUUGAAGGGAGGAAUGAAUUCUUUCGACCUCUCUGUUUUCAUCCUCGAACAACCAAUUAGAAUUAGAUGAUUAAAUGAGGCUUUUUUGGUUUUCUCCCUGUUUUUUCAGGAUGAUGUAGGUUGCAAGCAGUCAUAUCUUUGUGGAUUUAAGCAGAAUACAUUGUUGUUUUGAUGCACUUCCUGUGAUAUUUAUUGAACCACUAAAUGGGAGGAGCUUGUUCAAGGAAGAGAGACCAACAGGUCAAUGAAGAGAGUGUAAGGAGAGGGGUCUCUGGAAGAUAUUCCAAAAGUGGAAGUUCAAAAUGGUUGGUAACCUCAUUUUCACGCCCUGGUGUAGAUAUUCAGCAGGGAAGAGGCAAUUGUCCAUCCCUCAUGGAACUUUGUAUUCAUAAAAUACGGAAGGAUAUUGAUAAAUAUAGUACAUUUUCAAUGCUCCCAAGGGAUAUUAGUCAGCAAAUCUUCAAUGAAUUAGUGACUUACCAUUGUUUGACUGAUUCUUCUCUCGAAUAUUUUUGGGAUUGUGCUCUUCAGGAUAUUUGUUUAGGGGAAUGCCCUGAAGUGAAGGACAGUUGGAUGGAUGUUAUCUCUUCACAAGGGCCUUCUCUAUUAUCUGUUGAUGUUUCUUGCUCAGAUGUAACAGAUUCUGGGUUGGCUCUCCUCAAAGAUUGCAAAAAUCUCCAAUCCUUAACGUUGAAUUAUUGUGAUCAGAUUUCAGAUCAUGGGCUAGAACACAUUAGAGGUUUUUCAAAUUUGACCACUUUGAGUUUAAAAAAGAAUGCCGGCAUAACUGCUGAAGGAAUGAGUGCUUUUUCUGACCUAGUGAACUUGGUAAAGUUGGAUCUUGAGCGAUGUCCAGGAAUUCAUGGUGGACUUGUUCAUCUUAAAGGUUUAACAAAGCUUGAGUCUCUUAAUAUCAGAUGUUGUAACUGCAUAACAGAUACAGACCUGAAGCCUCUUUCAGGGCUUUCAAACUUGAAAGAGUUGCAAAUUUCAUGCAGCAAAGUCACAGAUUCUGGAAUUGCACAUUUGCAAGGUUUGCUUAAGCUUGUUCUGUUGAACAUGGAGGGAUGCCCAAUUACUGCUGCAUGCUUGGAGUCUAUUUCAGCUCUUGUUGCUCUGUCAUACCUGAAUCUUAACAGAUGUGGUUUAUUCGAUGAUGGAUGUGAGAAGUUUUCUGAACUCGGGAACUUGAAAGUAUUGAAUUUGGGGUUCAAUAAUAUUACGGAUGCAUGCUUGGUACAUCUGAAAGGUUUAAAAAAUUUGGAAAGCUUGAAUUUGGAUUCCUGUAAGAUUGGUGAUGAAGGGCUAGCUAACUUGGCAGGUCUUCUGAACUUGAAAAUCUUGGAGUUGUCUGAUACUGAAGUUGGAAGCAGUGGGCUCCGUCAUCUAUCUGGUUUGGUUAACCUGGAGAGUAUAAAUUUGUCGUUUACUGUGGUUUCCGACAAUGGUUUAAGAAAGUUGUCUGGAUUGACGUCUCUUAGAUCACUUAAUCUAGAUUCUCGCCAAAUUACAGAUACUGGCCUUGCAGCUCUUACAAGUUUGACCGGCUUGACUCAUCUGGAUCUUUUCGGUGCUCGUAUUACGGAUUUUGGAACAAACUGUUUGCGCUACUUCAAGAACCUCCGGUCCCUAGAGAUAUGUGGUGGAGGAUUAACCGAUGCUGGUGUGAAGAAUAUCAAAGAUCUUACCUUAUUGACACUACUAAAUUUGUCACAGAACUGCAAUCUGACAGAUAAAACCUUGCAAUUAAUAUCUGGAUUGACUGCAUUGGUGUCUCUUAAUGUGUCAAAUUCUCGUGUAACUAAUGCGGGACUGCAGCAUUUAAGGCCUUUAAAGAACUUAAGAUCACUGUCUCUAGAGUCAUGCAAGGUCACACCUAGCGAAAUAAAGAAGCUUCAAUCAACAUUCCUCCCUGAUCUGGUAAGUGUUCGACCUGAGUGAUUCCCAUGAUAACAUGAGAUGAAGCUCUGUGAAUAUCCUGGCAAGGACAAUUAUGUAUAUAAGUAUCUGAAUGAGAAACAACUAAGCUAGAAAAUGCUUGAUGAAUUGUGCAUAUUAUGGGGUAAUGUGGGAAUGUGGGUAUGAAUGUUUGUCAAGAGUGACACAAGGCAAAGAGUGUCGUCCAUAUGUGAACUCUCAUUCAAACCAGUGUGAUUCCCAGACUGUAAAUAUGCUUUCCUGGCAUGGUCAAGACAUGCCUCUCUGGAGCAUGGAAAUUUGUAUAUAUACUGAUGCAAGUAUCUGUAUAAUAGAUGCUUUCUCGAGUUGCGCUGUUGAAUUUAUUGCUGUUUUACA